AUGGCUCACAGCCAGUCUCGGAAACGAUCGCGGAGCAGGAGCAAAAGCAAUUCUCGGAGCAGACAGGAGAGGAAGGAGAAGAAAAGGAGGAAAAGCAGCAAGGAUUCCCACAGGGGCAGCAGCUCUCCUUCAAGGAAGAGGACCUCUGGGUCCCAUGGACACAAGUCAAGCUCAGCAGCAGCCAGGGAAGAAAAGAAGAAGGAAGGAAAAGACAAAAAGAAGAGGAAGGCAAGUACCUCUUCCUCUGAGGCAGCAUCUUCAUCCACCAGCUCUUCCUCUUCCUCCAGCUCCUCUUCAGAUGACUCCAGUGAUGGUGACUCCAAAACAAAGAAGAGUCAACACAGCAAGAAGAAGCGAGUGAAGCAGAAGGACAAAAAGAAGAAGAAGAAGAAAAAAGCAAAGAAGAAAGCAAAAAAGAAAGCAAAGGAGAAGGCUAAGGAAGAGAAAGCCAAGGGAGAAGAGGUGCCUGGCCCCUCACUGGAGCAGUGGCAGAAGGAAUCAGUGGUGGACUCUGGGCCAGUCCUGACAGAUGAACAGAAAUCCAGGAUCCAGGCGAUGAAGCCAAUGACAAAGGAAGAAUGGGAUGCGAGGCAGAGUGUCAUCAGGAGAGUGGUGGAUCCUGAAACAGGGAGGACCAGGCUCAUUAAGGGAGAUGGAGAAGUCCUAGAAGAAAUCGUCAGCAAGGAGAGACACAAGGAGAUUAACAAGCAAGCCACCAGAGGGGAUGGACUGGCCUUCCAGGUGAGGACAGGGAUGCUGCAGUGA